GAGGUAGUUCAACAAGAUCUCUUGCUAGUUGUACAAGAUCUUUGAGAUUCACGAUACCAUCGCAAUGACUGCCAACUUUACACCUGUACCACUCUGAAGGCACCAUGACGUCGCCAACUCCACACCCACCUGCACACGACGCCUGGAAACGCAGCACUUCCUGAAUAGUCGAUCAUGAGCAGAGGCGACGCCGUGUUCGCGGUCACGCUCGUCUUCUUCACGUUGGCGAGCGUGUUCGUGGGGAUGAGGAUGGUCUCGAGGUUGUUCAUCGUCAAGAAGAUCGAUUGGGACGAUGGGCUUAUGGGUAUCGCUUGGGGCCUGGCUUUCGCUUUGUCGUUCGCCACGAUGUAUGCCGCGCAACAUGGUCUAGGCCUCCGGGAUGCUGACAUACUCCCUGAAUGGGAACUCCCUCUCAAACGCGCCGAAUACGUCUUUUCGAUCAGCUACAAUCCGGUGCUUAUGGCCACCAAAUCCUCCAUCCUCAUACUUUACCUCCGAAUGUCUCAAGCGAACCCUUUCUUCCGAUGGGCUUCGGUCUUCCUCUUGGUACUGGUCAAUACGGCCGGUAUCGUCCUCGCCUUCCUGAACAUCUUCCAGUGUUCUCCAGUCUCGGCCGCGCUUCACCUCGUCGCUCCCGGAGGAGCCAAAUGCAUCAACCUCGUCUACCUCUACCUAUGCAGCGCUCCGGUGAAUGUGAUCACCGACCUGGCUAUCGUCCUCCUUCCCCUACCGAUCCUAACCGGGAUCCGGAUGGAACGGAAACAGAAAUACGUCGUCGUAGGGACAUUUUGUACGGGACUGUUCGUCGCGGUCGUAGAUGUCAUACGGAUCGCGUACUUGCAGACGGCGCUUUAUCAGCAGUAUAGGAUGAUGGAUGAGAACGGGACUACGAGGCCGACGGAUUUCGGGUAUACGGCGAGUUAUUCUUAUAUGUGGAGCGCGGUCGAGGUCAAUACCGGGUUGAUCUGCGCGUCGGUCCUGGUCUUGAAACCGCUCAUGAAGAAAAUCAGUCCGAAAGCAUGGGGAGGACCAGGACCAGUGAGAGCUGCUCGUCGCGGUAGCAAGAAGGCUUCUACGAGUGAUCCAGGUGCCAAGAUGGGAUUGGACCUUUCUGUCGCCGAUCGUGACGGCGCUGUCGCACUAGGACCCCGACAAAGGUCUUCUUCGUACGACGAGAAGAGCGUUCCUACGAUGAGGUUUACGGAGCCUGACCCGAUACUUCGGCGACAAGGGGUCAUGCAUGACCUCCAGCCCAUCGAUGAAGAAGCUCUUGGGACCGGUGAUAGCGAUUCGAUUAGACCAGCACCGAAUCUCACUCGAUCGAUUUCGCCCUUCUGCGUUGAUCCCGGCCGUCCUGCUACCCCAACCCGCAAGGUCGAUCUAGGCGAUAUGGACUUUAUGGAUUUCCUGGCGAUUUCCGAGGCGGAAAUGGACGGGGUUGGGAAUCGUCGACCGUCUGGUCACAGUACAGAGAAAGACGGGCAUCUCCUGGACGAAGGUGUGGUUACCGUCAGACAGCCCGCAGCGGUUUGCAAUGAGUUGCUAGGGCGAGAACAGACACGACACCCAGAACCGGCGGCUGUACCGCCGAGGAAACGUCGGAUGACCAUCCUGACCUUGGGAAGUGCGGUCAGUGGGGCAGGGACUCAGGCGCCUGAUACUGCCUUUUCGGACUUUGUCAACUUGACGAGCACGAAGCCUUUGACCGAGUUGAGUCGUCACGAGGCGUUCUGGCCGAUCAUGAGCGUUUCUAUCCUGUUCUUUACCUGGGGCUUCUCGUAUGGCCUACUGGGCUCUUUGAACGCUCAGAUCGAGGAUAUCCUGAACUUUUCGGCAGGCAAAUCUCUCGCUUUCUACAGCGCAUACUGGGUGGGGUACUUGAUCGGUCCGACACUCGUAGGAUACUGGGUCUUGAGCCGAGGUGACGCACAGCCGUUCAAGGCGACGUUCAUAUGUGGACUUUGGUUAUUCGCUUGUGGCGCGAUGGCGUUUUGGCCUAGCAGCGUGAUAGCUUCUUUCCCAGGCUUCUUUGUCAGCAAUAUGCUUCUCGCUUCUGGGCUCGCUUGCUUGGAGGUGGCCGCAAACCUCUUUGUGGCUAUCGCAGGACCGGAUCACCUCAGCGAGGCCCGUCUCAACUUUGCUCAAGCAAUUCAAGGCAUCGCGAGUGUCAUCUCCCCUGUCCUGGCUCACAAGGCACUCUUCACCAAUGUGCGGAGCCGAGAUUCGCUUGUCGAUACGCAAUGGUGCUAUCUGGCGGUAGGGCUAGCGGUGAUAGCCCUGAGCGUAGUCUUUUACUACCUGCCUCUCAACGAAGCGGAUAAUGCUACUUUGGAAAGGCUGGCCGAUGACCGUCAACGCUAUACGGGCAUUGCGCCGGAUACGAAAGUGCUCGGAUUACCGAUCAAGUGGUUGAUGAUGGGUUCAGGAAUCGCGGCGAUGAGCCUGUACAUCGGUGCGCAAGAGGCAACAAGCUAUUACUGGUUCAACUUUGUCACAGAAGUCUAUCAGAGGUCGGUCUUCAGUGACGCCUUCAAUUUACGCUGUAUAGGCCAAGGUAUAUUCGCGUUCUCUCGAUUUUUGGCGGCGGGCCUCUGCUUCCUAGGGAUACCCCCUCGCAUGUUGCUGGCCAUCUGUACGGUCGGCGCGACGGCUUGCGCCGCCUUGACAAUCUCUCUACCUAACGGCAAAGCUCCCAUUGUCAUGGGCAUCAUCGUCUUCCUUUUCGAGGCCCCAAUUUUCCCGACAUUGUUCGCCAUCACUCUUCGUGGUAUGGGACGACACACGCGCUUGACAUCGGCGGGAUUGGUCACAGCCCUUUGCGGGGGCGGUCUCUGGCCAUCGGUCGCCUAUGCGAUUAGGACAGAACAGGAUGCAAACGCUCGGGUUACCCUCGCCAUCGUUCCUGUUCUUUAUGGAGCUUGUGCAGUCUACGCAUUAGGUCUGAACUUAUCUCCGACAAUACGAAACUGGCUCAAGCCCGGUCUAAUAGGCCAGGAUCCGAGCCGUCAGCCAUCGUUUUCACCUUCAGUGUUUCGACAUACAAGCAAAGGAGAACAUGACGUAUCUGCAUCGGCAACGUCCCAGUCGUAGGUUCAGCGAACAAAGGAAUUGCAUACAGAACUCAAGGUUGUAUAUCGUACUAAUAC